AUGAUUUUAAAAAAAAGCAAACUGCUUGCACUCUCCCUCCUGUUGGCCCUCGUGGAGUAUGUAUGCCGAGAUGGACGACGCAAAUGGAUGAGUCUGCUUACGAGCUGGGAAGUCGCCUCGUUUGAUGGAAGCAACGUUAUUCUAAACGAAAACAGGAGGGGAAAGUAUGUCCACAUAUUCCCGCGAAAAAAUGCCUCGCACUUUGCAAGAAAUAUGACCAUGUACAGACAAAAGGAGAGAAGAGAAAGGAAUGUAGUGUGCAUCGUACCCAGUGAUAUUUCCCGCAACAGAAUAUUGCACGAACAGGUAGAAGAAGAAAACGAAUCUGUUGUCAGAGAAAUAAACGGAAAUGAUGUAAACGUGAGCGGGAACUCAGAUAAUGCAAACGAUAUAGCUGAAUAUGAGGAGACAAUAAAGGGACAAGCAAGCACACAGGAAGAAUUACCACAACAGAGCGUAGGAACCAAGGUAAGUCCCCUCAUCGAAAAAGAUACAAUAGAUCAUUAUCUAGAUGUAUGUACAAGAAUAAGAAACAAAACCUUUUCUUUGGAAAAUUGCGAAAUUUUUUAUAAGUCACCUGAAGUAACUCUUUACAAAAACAUUUUAGAAGAUAAAAGUGAAACAAGGUAUGAUCUCAUAGGCUAUGGAACUCUGGAUGAUGUGUCUCUCUACGGAGGUAGUCAGGCACUCAACAAUAUCGACAUUAUAAAAGAGUGGAACAAAAACAUAUAUAAAAUUAACUACCUCAAGUUGAAUAAAACGUCGAUAUUGGAAAAAUUUAAGGAUGGGCAGAAAAUUGAUCCCUCAAAAUAUAUACUACAAAAUGAACACCUCAGAGAAAAUCGAAGAUAUAUAUAUCUAAUUAACGGACUCCCUUGGCCUUUCAAGAGCCAAGAUACAGUAUAUGAAUUUUAUCAGAAGUAUAUAGAAGAUCAGAACAUUCUCCUUGUUGCCAACAAAUCUGUGAACAAUGUUUUUACCGAUAGUAGUUACUACACACGUAUACGUGAUUACGAGAAUUUUUUCUGCCUCUACCCAAAGAACAAAAACUCAUACGAGAAAGGACUAGAUUAUGUAAUCUCCGUUUAUUAUGAUGUUAACAUUCCAAAGUUUAUCCGAAAUAAUAUUCUGGGUCAGAUUUUUCCUGCUCUCAUCUUCGACCUACACAAGUCUUCCAAGGAACUUACUGAGAAGGGACUAUCGUUGUCCAGUGAAGAAAUAAACAAGAAUCAGCUCCCUUUUCAGAUGGAUAAUUUUUCCUCUGAGGAUGGCGCUGGUGGAUUGGCGGGAAUGGAUGGUCAGGUAGCCAAGUCCCCUUUCUUUGGCUCCACCGUCCUCCGCGUCAUCUUCGUGGACCCCUUCUACUUCAUUUGGACCACCAAUGUCAAUUUUUUCAAAAAAAUUUACGUUAUCGUUACCAGCAUCUUCUGA